UACAACAACCCUGUAAGGUUGGGGAAGUUGCUGGUCAAGGUGCCUUUGAGGUGGUUCUCCCAGCAUCCGGUCAGAUUUUGCACUCAAAGACGGAUGGCGAUGGGUUCGUGGACACCAAUGAUAAGGUGAAAAAAAUCUGCACUGGCCUCAGAGCGAACCUGAAGACCAAGAGCAAAUGGAAUCCCACAAAAGAAUUGGAAUCGUUUGCAAUCGUGGGUGCGCAGUCGUCAACAGAAAGCCAAGGGAUGGGCAAAUCAGAAACCAAUCCAUCAUUGCAGCGGGCUUCAGACCAUCAACCGUCAACACUGGUGCAGGUGCAAGAACGGCGAUCAGUACCGAAGCCGAAGUUGGAACAACCGCCAACGGUGAAACAGGUGCCAAAAGGCUGAUCAGCACCGGGGCCGGCAUUUGGGCAACCAUUAACGGUGGAGCGGAUGCCGGAGAUGUCAAAAGGCUGAUCAGCACCAAGGCCACCCUUCGUACAACAGUCAGUGGUGGAAUGGAUGCCGGAGGUGCAAAAGGGCUGAUCAGCACUGAAGUCGGAGUGCGGGCAACCGUCAACGGUGGAAUGGAUACCGGAGAUGCCAAAAGGCUUAUUAGCACCAAGACCGCCGCUUGUACAACAGUUAACGCUGGAUCGCUCUCUGAAUGUGCCCAAAGGCUGAUCAGCACCAAAGGCGGCAUUUGGACAACCAUUAAUGGUGGAGCGGAUGCCGGAGAUGCCAAAAAGCUGAUCAGCACCAAGACCGCUGUUUGUAGAAGAGUCAACGCUGGAACGCAUGCUGGAUGUGCCAAAAGGGUGAACAGCACCAAAGACAGUAUUUGCACAACCAUUGAUGGUGGAACGAAUGCCGGAGGUGCAAAAAGGCUGAUCAGCACUGAAGGCGGAGUUCGGACAACCAUCAUCGGUGGAACAGAUGCUGCAGGUGCAGAAAGGGCGACCAGCAGCACCAACGCCGGCAUCGAAGCAACAGUUAACGGUGCAACGGACGCUGGAGGUGCAAGAACAGCAAUCGGCAUCAAAGCCGGCAGCGGAACAACAACUGUUAACGGUGGGACAAAUGCUACAGGUGCAAAAACAGCAGUCAGCAUCAAAUCCAGCGUCGGAAAGAUCAUUCACAGUGCGACAAAUGCUGCAGGAGCAAGAACAGCUGUCAGCAUCAAAUCCAGCGUCAGAAAGAUCAUUCACAGUGGAACAAACGCUGCAGGAGCUAGAACAGCAGUCAGCAUCAAAUCCGGCAUCAGGACAAGUGUUAACGUUGGAACAAAUGCUGCAGGAGCAAGAAUCAGCGAACGACGAAGGCCCCAUUCCAGGGAGGCCCGCAUUCAUCAAGACGACCAGAGUUUGCUGGCAGUGGUGGUGGCAGCCCAGCAGCAUGGAGGCUACAGCUCUGGAGAGCCUCAUUGAGAUGGGCUUCCCCCAGAACAGAGCAGAGAAGGCCCUAGCGCUAACAGGGAACCAGGGCAUUGAAUCAGCGAUGGAUUGGCUCAUGGAGCACGAAAAUGAUCCCGACCUGGACGAGCCUUACGUGCCCCCCCAAGGCCACGUUCUGAGCACAGAGGAGCCCCCCGAGGGAAGGACGCCAGAGUCAGUGCAAAGUGGAUCAGAUCCCACGUUAGAGGAGCUGACGGAGGAAGAUAACCGACGCCCCCUGAGCGAAGAAGAGAAGCGGGAGCAGACAAAGAGGAUGAUGGAGCUGAUCACUCAGAAGCAGCGAGAGCGGGAGGAGCGAGAGAAGCGGGAGAGCAUUGAGCGGGAGAAGCAGCGCCGGAAGCAAGGCCAGGAGCUCUCCCUCAUCCGCCAGAAGCUGCAGGAGGACGAGAUGAAGAAGCUGGCCGAGGAGCGGCGCAAGGAGAAGCUGGAGGAGAAGUUGGCCAAGCAGCGGGUGCGAGAGAAGAUAGAGCGCGACAAGGCCGAGAGAGCCAAGAAGUUUGGUGGCGGCUGCAGCAGCUCUUCCCAAGGCUCCACCCUGCCUGAGCAAUCGGCCCCCAUCCCGGUUCCCUCGUCACCCAGCCAGGAACCCCCUGUCAAGCGAGAGUAUGAUCAAUGCAGGAUACAGGUGAGACUGCUGGACGGCACGUCGCUCACCCAGACGUUUCGAGCCAAAGAGCAGCUGGCCGCCGUCCGGCUCUACGUGGAGCUGAACCGCAAGGACAAUGGUGACGAGCCUUUCCACCUCCUCACCAGCUUCCCGCGGCGUGUCUUCACUGAGGAGGACAUGGAGAAGCCCCUGCAGGAGCUGGGUUUGGUGCCUUCUGCUGUGUUGAUCGUAGCGAAGAAAGGCAACAGCUGAAGUGGCUCUCCUCCUCGCUCUCUCAGCCCCCUCCUUCCCUUGCUGCCGGAGGUGACUCUCACCUGACCCAUGUGCUCUGUCUCUGGGGGGAGCGCACAUGCCAGCCCCUCCUGGUUUUCCUAACCAACUCUGCCCACAGAGACUCCAAAGCACCACCAUGUCUUGGGGCUGGGAUUCCGAAUCAAUGGUGACGAUCGGGGUGGGGUUGGAUGCGAUGGAGAAAAGUGUUGGGCUUCCCCUCCUGUCGGGGAGGGAGGGGCAAGGUUGCAACUUGACUUCCUCUCUUCAUGCCACACACACACCAUGAAUAAAACCUAUUCUCUCUUUC